UGCUUCCAGACCUCCUAUAAAAAAGCCCCGUCUCUCUUUUCUCCUUCUGCCAGAAAUCACUGGUGAAGCCCAGUAUGAAGGUCCUGCUCGUCUCCUUGCUGGGGUGUCUGGUUGUGGCACUGCCAUCAGCCAGCGCUCAAAAGACAAUCAAAUGGUGUGUGACAACGCAAAAUGAGCUGAACAAAUGCAAACAUCUCGCCACCAAAGCAGCAGCCCUUGAGUGUCAUCUCCAACCUACUGUCAUUGACUGCAUAAAGAGCAUCAAGGCUGGCGGUACAGAUAUUGUUACUGUAGAUGGAGAAAAUGUUUACACUGGUGGACUAAAGAAUUAUGAACUCCAUCCAAUCAUUGCAGAAAAAUAUAAAAAAGAGUGCUGUUACGCUGUGGCUGUAGUAAAAACUAGCUCUAACUUCAAUAUCAAUGAGCUCAAAGGAAAGACCUCCUGUCACAGCUGUUAUCGGUGGUCUGGAGGCUGGAAUAUUCCUGUUGGAAAACUGAUUGCAACCAAGAAGAUUACAUGGGAGGGUUCUAGUGAGAUGCCUGUUGAGAGGGCUGUGUCAGAGUUCUUCUCAGGCAGUUGUGUUCCUGGAGUAACCAAAUACCCAAACCUCCACAAAACCUGUCAUGAUGACUACACCUGCUCAAACAAAGAGAAGUACUCUGGUGACAACGGAGCCUUGCAGUGCUUGAAAGAUGAUAAUGGACAAGUUGCAUUUGUUUGCCACAAUGCAAUCCCAGAGAGUGAGAGGCAGAACUACCAGCUGUUGUGCAUGAACGGCAGCAGGAUAAAUGUGGAGGAUUAUAAGACAUGCAACUUUGCCAGAGAGCCUGCCCGUGCUAUCAUCGCUCGCCUGGAGGCUGAUUCACAAUACAUUUAUAAUGUCAUUACGAAGAUUCAGGUCUCAGAUCUUUUCUCUUCUCAAGCUUUUGAUGGUAAAGACCUGAUUUUCUCAGACUCUGCGGUUGAUCUGAUGUUGCUUCCUAAGAGAACAGACUCCUUCCUCUACCUGAAAGAAGAUUAUUAUGAGGCCAUGCAAGCCCUUAAAGAUGGAAACCCGAAAGUGCCUGACACUACAGUUCGAUGGUGUACCAUUGGCCAUCCAGAGAAAAAUAAGUGUGACACUUUGAAGGUUGAUUCUAAAGAUCCUAACGAUCCUAAAGAUCGUAAAGUGUGCCUUGUGGAAGCAUCUGUGGAUGACUGCAUCGAAAAAAUCAAGCGCAAAGAAGCAGAUUUCUUAGCCGUUGAUGCUGGCCAGGCGUAUAUUGCUGGAAAGUGUGGUCUAGUUCCAGUCAUGGCUGAACAGUCUAAUAAAGACAGCUGCUCUGAUGGUUCAGGAGAUACUGCAAGUUACUACGCUGUGGCUGUGGUGCGUAAGGGCUCAGGUGUAACUUGGAGUAACCUACAAGGGAAGAAGUCCUGCCACACUGGCCUGAACCGCAAUGCUGGUUGGAAUAUCCCAGAGUCCAGGAUAUGUGGCCAAACAAAUGGAUGUACCCUUGACAAGUUCUUCAGUGAAGGCUGCGCUCCUGGUGCUGAUCCUGCAUCAAACAUGUGUAAACUGUGUAAAGGCAGUACGAAGACUGUGGGAGAUGAAAGCAAAUGCAAACCCACUGCUGAUGAGCAGUAUUAUGGCUAUGAUGGGGCUUUCAGGUGUCUUGCAGAAAAAGCCGGUGAUGUCGCUUUUAUCAAGCACACUGUGGUUGGGGAUUACACAGAUGGUAAAGGAAAGGAAUGGGCAAAGGAUUUAAAGUCAAACGAUUUUGAACUCAUUUGUCCAAAAUUAGGAGACAAAACAGCAGAAUACACUGAAUAUGAAAACUGUAACCUUGCCAAAGUGCCAGUUCAUGCUGUGAUCACCCGGGAAGAUGCGCGCAGUGCUGUGGUGUCCCUUUUAACUGAUGCUCAAAGUCAAAAUAAUGACAUUUUCAUCUCCAAAGAUGGAAAAAAUCUCCUUUUCACUGACACCACUAAAUGCCUUCAAGAGAUAACAAAAUCUGCGGAUGAGUUCCUGACCAAAGAGUACAUAGAUUUGAUUGAGAGGACCUACAAGACUAGUCAGCUUGUACCAGAUCUGCUGAAGGCAUGCACUUUGGACAACUGUGUUGUCGCCAAACAGUCAUAGAUGUGAUCAGGUUUCUGUUUAUCAUACCGGGAUGAAAUGAAAUUUUUACAAAAUCUCACAAAGAUGUCUAUGAGAUUGUUUUCUAAAUACAAACUGUAAAGUAAUAAAAGGAUUAAACCUUGCUGCA